AUGAAGCAUAGUAGUUUCGUUCUCGUGUCAGUGUGUAUUACAAUUUUCGUGGCUAUCAACGUUCCAUUUGUUAAACCUCUAAAACAAUUUUCAUCUCAUGGUGACGACUCUCGUCAAGAAUUUUUGGAGUUAAGUGGAUCGGAUCACCAAGAUUUCGUGGUGAAUUUUAAAGGUGAAACAAUCAGCCUCAAAAACCUGACAAAGCUAUUGCGUCACCAUAACGUUACUCUACCACAAGAGGACAGAUAUCUUGCUGAAGCGCUCAGGCAAAAAAAUGCUUCAGAACAAUCGUGCGGAGGCAGAUGCUUAUCGGAAGAAAGAGGAGAGGGCAACAAGUGUUUCUGUGAUAAGGCUUGCAGAGAACUCGGUGAUUGCUGCUUGGACUUCUAUUCACGAUGUGACCUACGUCCCAGAGGACUCUUGACCUCAGAGGCCACGCCACGGCAGAACGUAACCUGUGGAGACGUCAAUGAACCUCUAUGGUUUGGGGUAAUUAUGAAAUCUUCCUGUGGCCUAUCGGGGAAUCCAGUUGGCAAGGAUUGCAAGGCUGCUGAAAAGUUGAAUAUGACGGUACAGAGCGAACUACCCGUCGUUGGAUGGAAACAUAAUGUUACAUACAGGAACAUUGCUUGUGCCAGAUGUAGCAGUGAAGAGAACGUGGCUUUCUGGGAUCUCCAAGUAAAAUGCGUAGGCGAGAAAUUAAAUUCCAGUGGCUCGGACAUCAAUGAAGUUCGGACGUUCGUCUUGGAAAAAGGAAAUAGGUGUUCAUGGAAAUACGAGACAUCUUCUUACCAAGAGCGACACUGUGUAUUGCACGAUAUUGUAUGCGCAGCUAAUAAACAACCCUGGAUGUCUGUAAUAAAAGAACUUUGCUCUUCAUAUUCCAUGCCCUUUGAAGUUUACUAUCAAAAGGCUAAAGUAUCAUACAGGAACCCUCAUUGCGCUCUCUGCGAUCCUGAAGGACAUCCUGAGCCGGUGACCCCUGAAGGCCCGGGGUUGCCACCUUGGUCGAUUAUCUUGGAUGUCAGCGGAAACUUUAGGAAUCCUAAAACACCAAAUAUCCCCCAGCCAACUGGAGAAACCACACAGAACUUUAACGUUACUGCGGAAAUGUUACACUGUAUUUCUAACAGUAGCGACUGUACCAUCACUGUUGGUGGGAAAACUUGCAAAGCAUUCAUUUCCGGGAAAAAUCAAUCUGAACAGAUGAACGCCUCCUUGGACAAAUAUCCUGUAAUGAUAAUGCAAUUGAAUGGGAGCACUGUAUAUGUUUUGUGUCUAGAUGAUAAAGUUACCCACGAUUCCAACCAGGAUUUCACAGUUCUCAUUUAUCUCACCAUAAUUGGUUCAACUCUAUCUGUCAUUUCUCUGUGUUUUGUUCUGCUCAUUUACUUGUUUUUCAAAGAGCUAAGAAAUUUGCCUGGAAAAUGUUUGGUCAAUAUAUGUGGGACGUUACUGUGUUACCAAAUAAUUUUUUCGCUUUGGAAAAGGCGAAUGAAGUGGACGCUCUUUGCAAGGCAGUUGCCAUUUCCCUUCAUUUCUUCAUCCUCUCUGCUUUCUCGUGGAUGA